AUGGUAUUUAACAAGUUGCAGUUGCUACAGCUUAUCAAGGAGCUACAUUUGGAUCCUAUCUAUGGCGCCAACACGCAUGUCCAUGCAGAUCACGUCACGGGCACUGGCGAGCUGAAGCGCAUUUUCCCAAAGAUGCAGUCGGUGUUGUCGAAAUUCAGCGGUGGCAAAGCUGAUGUGCUUGUGGAUGACCGGGAACUUUUGAAAUUUGGCAAAAACAGCCUCGAGGUUCGAACAACGCCAGGUCAUACUGAUGGCAACUCGAAAACACUAUACAAAUCAAUUCACGAAAAAAUUUUCACUUUACCCGACGACUUCCUGUUAUAUCCAGGACACGACUAUAAGGGAUUGUUGCAAACUUCAGUUGGCGAGGAGAAGAAAUAUAAUCCGAGAUUGACGAAAAGCUUGGACGAAUUUGUUGAGAUCAUGAAGAAUCUUAAACUCGCUUAUCCCAAGCAAAUCGAUAAGUCGUUGCCGGCCAAUAAAGUGUGUGGUGUGUUCGAGCUGAUGGACGAGGAGACGCGGGCAAAAGUGAAAUCAGGAAGCAGCUAG